AUGCAGGAGCCUCUGAAUUUUUCACGUACCACCGCAUAUUCGACAACUCAGGAACUUGCAGCUCGCCUUCUAAGUAGCCUGCAAACCCAUGGAUGUGGAGCCACCACCAGUGCGGCUCUGACUUUUGACGUCAGAGGGUCUUCACCCCCACGAGACGGCUCUAGCGGUGGUGGUGGUGGUGCCGGGCAAACUGCUUCACUCUUGCCCAAUCCCUGGGCAGCUUUACCGUCUAAUGCAUUUCUUGCUGCAGCAGCAGCUGCUGCCAUCUCAAUGAAGACAUCAACGAUGACGGCAAACACAUCAAAGUGUCUUCAGGAGGCGAUUUCAAUGAAUACACCCCCAGGAGCUGAUAUGUAUCCAACUCCAGAGAAAUCGGUUUCAGACCACACACUUCUGUAUAAUGCAGUUAAUAUGGCAACAGAUUUAUCUGGUUCUGAGUCCAAGUCCUCGAGCACCUCCAAGCCUCCUGAGUCAGCUGAUAUUUCCAUCGUUCAUGAAGUUCAAACGGAUUCAGGGGCUCUACCCCCACAGAACAAACGAAAUUCAAAGUUGGGGGAACGUGGACGUCGUUCACGUGUGGUUAUUCAUCAAUUUGGUGAUGCAGAGGAUCACUUCUCAAAGGCUCUUCGCAAUCUUCAUGUUAAGUCGGCGGGAGAGUAUCAAAUGCUCGAGGGCACCAAUCAACAGAAACGUGUGUGGACAUUGACGAGCACUUUCGAUGAUAGUGGAGGGCGUAUUGACGCCUCUGUGACGAGUCCCUCUUUUGAGGCUCAAAAUAUUGCCGAUUUAGCGGUGGAGAAGCACUUUGAAAAGUCUCUUGCCACCUUCCACGCCAAACAGGCAGCUGCAGCAGCAGCAGCAGCAACAGCAACAGCAGUAUCAGUUACAGCUUCUACCGAUGAGGUGACAUCUAAGACGCUGCUGGAUUUGACUCAAACGCCCUUUAGUCCCUCCUCUCCCUCCACAAAUUCAAGUUCCGAUGGCUCUGCGCUAUUUUCACCACGAGAGGAAAGCGGUGGAGUCUCAUUUAAUCCGAAGAAGAAGUGGCUUGCUCAGUAUGGCGAUGACGAGGGCGCACGAAUACGAGUUGGUAGAAAGAGUGGCACUUGGAGCAUGGAUGACAACGCCUGGACCUCCAAGACUGCCACCUCCUCGACCAAUGUCGAGAAACGUUCGAGGAGCUGUCCCCUUCUUCGCAAUGAAUGUACACAUUCUGUAAAAACCCUUUCGCAUUGCAAACACAAGUGCGACUCAAAUUCCAACGACACUUCUAAACCCAUAGAACUUUCGCGGACAGUAACCGUACAAUCGUCAAUUUCCUCUCUUCAAUUGCCCCCACAGAGAGGAUUCUUACCUUUGCCACGAACAAUCAGUCUAGAGGUGCCUUCGCUUGGCAACAGUAUUGACUUUUUCGAUGAUGAAGACGAAGCUGUUGUGGCUUCUAAAUCAAUAUCGGCUCGUGAGAGCCCCAUCUCUUCACCCAUUGCUGCCUCCUCGGGUUUCUUCACCGAUUCCACCUACUCACUUGACUCUUCAACACUCCCGGUUAUAUCCGAGGCGGGAUAUUUUAGCUCUAACGCAUCAGUUAGCUCCAGUUUUAAGGCGAGACAUCUCGCUGUAUUGCGAGAGAGUGUCACGGCGACAAGGGCGAAAGAACAGAGCAUAUGUGUUUGUGAAUCGGAAGACGUGACUGGAAGGAACGGCGCGAGUCCUAGUGGCCGUAGCUGGCCCCUCCGGAAACGUACCGCUUCAGACACAAGUGAUCUCUCCUGUCUCAAACGCUCCCGAUCGGUUGUUGACACGGGUUGUGGAGAGCAUGCAUAA